AUGGAGCCCGACAACCCACCAAGCGGAGACAUUGCGGCCGUCGCAGAGGCUAAGCUAUCAGAGCGCAAGCGUCUUAAACACAGGGAAUAUGUGAAGAAAUCGUACAAGAAGAAGCUUCAGGAGAAUGGGCGACUGUACCAGCUCAACGCAUACCACAUGAAGGUCGAAAGCCGCAUGGGCCAGCUGAUUGAUGCUUACGAGGCGGCCAAAGAGCCGCUGCCCGGGGUUUCUACAGGUCGCCAGUACCGUAUUCGCCCGAUGUCUACUGCUGCCUACACUAACGUGGUCAACAUUGCAAUGAACGACGUACUACGCUUUGCCCGUAGUCCGGAGAAAUUAAGUACUGGUGCCCGUGUGCUGGGAUGGGCGGAUCAACGUGAGGUUCACGGACGCACACUUAAGUUUGCUUUGCAGAAGGAGUUUGGCCUCUCACCUCUCAACUUGUUACAAAGAAGCUGGGAAAUAUUCUCUAACCCCGAGGAGUUUUCUAAAAUCUACGGUGCUGCUUUGGAUGUGCAGUUCUAUGCGCUGCAGCAUAUUGAUGCUGAUACGAAACUCUUCUUUCGACGCAUCACUACACCAGCAGACAGCGCCCGAGUUGUCAAAACAGUCUUCUUGCUUGCGAGAAGGCAGAUCAAAGAAGGUUACCUGCUGCUCUUCCGGUCUAUUGAUAAGGAUCUUGUGCGCUUCGAAGAGUUUGAUGUCGGCGGCGUACCAGAUGUCAACUUGAACGAUGCUCCAGCGCUUAAGCUGGCGUCCUCCGACAUGUGGAUCGAAAAGUACAUUUGGGUUUUGUUUUACAACGUACCCACCGAGCCCAAGAAGUGUCUGUUCCACUUUGGCGGGACUGCCACCACCACGCUUUGGCUGCGCGAGGUUCUGUUCAUCGCGGUUCGAUGGGAGAGCAUGGCCGUAGGCUCGCAGUUCACACUCACUGCAGAAUGA